GCUGCUGCUGCUUACUGGUCCUGCUUACUGGUCCUGCUUGCUGGUCCUACUGGUCCUGCUGGUCGCAGGCACCGGGCGCCAUGGAAACGGUCAACCAGCUGGUGGCCGGGGGGCAAUUCCGGGUGGUGAAGGAGCCCCUGGGCUUCGUGAAGGUGCUGGAAUGGGUUUUCGCCAUCUUUGCUUUCGCGACCUGCGGCAGCUACACGGGCGAACUGCGCCUGAGCGUGGACUGCGCCAACAAAUCGGAGAGCGACCUCAACAUCGCAGUGGAGUUUGCCUAUCCCUUCAGGCUGCAUCAAGUGUACUUUGAUGCCCCGACCUGCAAAAAUGAGAUGACGUCCAAGGUCUUUUUGGUGGGAGACUACUCCUCAUCGGCUGAGUUCUUCGUCACGGUCGCGGUCUUCGCCUUCCUCUAUUCUCUGGGCGCCCUGGUCGUCUACUUCUUCUUCCAGAACAAAUAUCGCGAGAACAACAAGGGCCCUAUGAUCGACUUCACCGUCACGGCCGUCUUCGCCUUCCUGUGGCUGGUGAGCUCCUCGGCCUGGGCCAAGGGCCUGUCUGAUGUCAAGAUGGUCACGGACCCAGAGAACAUCAUCAAGGAGAUGCCCGUGUGUCAGCAGCGAGGUAACGAGUGUAAAGAAAAGAUGGAUCCCGUGACGUCCGGCCUCAAUACCUCUGUGGUUUUUGGCUUUCUGAAUCUGGUGCUGUGGGUUGGAAAUCUGUGGUUUGUGUUCAAGGAGACGGGCUGGGUGGCCCCAUUCAUGAAGUACCCACCUGCUGCCCCUGAGAAGCAGCCGGCUCCUGGGGAUGCCUAUGGGGAGUCAGGCUAUGGCCAGGGGCCCGGGGGCUAUGGCCAGCAGGACUCGUACGGCCCCCAGGGUGGCUACCAGCCCGACUACAGCCAGCAGGGCUAUGGGCAGCAACCCGACUACAACCAGCAGGGCUAUGGACAGGGAGGGCCCACCUCCUUCUCCAAUCAAAUGUAGGCUGGUUAAUGCCGCGGGAGGCCCCCACGGAGGGGGGCAAGGCCCCAGGAGGAUGCUGGCCCCAGUGCCCACCCCCUCGUCUCUGCCCUCCGUGCCCCAGGCAGUCCAGCGCCUGCCCCCAGGGCCGUAGUUGUCUUUGCUGUUUAUAUAUAUUAUAUAUAAAUAUAUAUAUCCGUCUGGAGCGCCCCACCUGCCGCCCCCACCCUGACACUCUGUGGUGCUGUGUGUUAGUCAUGAUGGAGCUGAAAGGACGUUAGAAGUUGGCAGCGGCGGGGAGGGGGAGCCGGCCCCCUCGCCCCCUCUCCCACUUCCCCGACCCCUACUCCCUCUCCAAUCUCCUCUUUCCCCCCUCUCACCCCUCCCAGCCUUGCUUUGGCCCUCCCCUUCUCUUCUCAGCCCAAUCUCCCGUGGGGAGGGGAAAGGAGGCCGUGGGAGGGGAAGGAAUGAGCCCCAGCUUUUCCUAAGAAGGAGCAGCAUCCCAGACGUUCUCCCCCCAAAUCCCCACCGGCAUCCCCUGCCCCAGGCAGGUCAGGGGGCAGGGGGGGAGGUGGGCAAAGGGAAGUCAAAUGGGGAUCUGGAGGAUGGAGGAAAAGGGGGGCCUAGAGUGGUGGAGAAGUGGGCCGGAGAAAGGGAUGGGAACCGGAUUGAGACUAGGGAUGCAGCGUGGGGUGAGGGGAAGUGGGCAAAGCGGAGGAGAGAUCAAAGGAGGGGGCACUGGACCUGGGGAAGCCUCUCUGAGCUUUGGGGAAAGGAUGCUGGUCAGGCUCUGGAAAGGGUGGGAGAUGGAGGGGACUAAUCUUUGGCGAGGGUUGGUGGGCAGGAGACAGGGCAGAGGACUGAGGGAGGAAUCCCCCCCCCCCCCCUUAUCCACCCUUCCAGUUCUUCCUUCCUCCCCCGCUCCCUACUCUUCUCCUCUCCGACUCCUCCAAUGGCCCCUCCCUGGCCCUGAAUCACCCAGCCCAGGCAUCAAGAUGCAAUUUCUGGAUUUGUGGCUGGGAAGGUGGGGGCCAAAGUCACCCCCCCUCAACUGCCUCCUUCUGGUGUGCGCUCCCUCUCUCCUUCCCUCCCUCCUUCCCUCCCCUUCUGCUGUGUCUGUGAUCCUGAUGGUGACGUGCUUGUGUGUUUUCAUUUUGUCCAACUGUUCCCCAUUCCCAAUAUUGUCCUCCCCCCACAACUCCAAGGAAGAACAAAGAUGAAUCACCCCUUCCUCCUGUCCCCCUUUUCCUCCUCCUCCCUCUUCCUCUCCUUUCUUCCUUCCAAUAAAAAAGAUACACCCAA